AAAGAGGAACUCAGCUCUUGCGGCACAUCGACGACACAUUCAGAGUAUUUAAGCCUUGUCUCUGGUGUGUUUUCGAUCAGUUGGACUUUGCGGCAUCUCAGCAUGGAGGAGAUCUACGUCAGGCAUGUGGAGCUUCUGGGCUUCGAGAAACGCUUCUUCCCGAGUCAGCACUACGUGUACAUGCUGAUGGUGAAAUGGAGCAACCUCGCAGAGAAACUCAUCUACAGGACGUAUCCUGAAAUUCACACUUUCCACAAAUCGCUGAAGGAGAUGUUUCCCAUCGAGGCCGGUCAAAUAGAGAAGAAGGACAGAAUCAUCCCUUCAUUACCAGCUCCAAAGUGGGUGGACAGCCAGAAGUCGAGAGAAACCAGGAAGAUCACGCUGGCCGAGUACUGCCACUCACUGGUCAACUUGCCGCCUCACAUCUCCCGCUGCAAACUCCUCUCCAGCUUCUUCAAGGUCCGACCAGAGGACGAGAACCCGCCGGCCCCGAACACACUGAAAAGAAACGAGACAUUUGUGGUGUCCAGGGAGCUCAACAGAGGUGUUGCAUCUGAGAUUUCUGGCCCCAUCAUCCUGGACACCUACAGAGUGAUCGCAGACUUUGAAAAGACGUCCAAACAUGAGAUCAACCUGCACACCGGCGACCUGGUGGAGAUUGUGGAGAAAAAUCAGAAUGGCUGGUGGUUCUGCCAGUUGGAGUCCAAACGAGGCUGGGUUCCUGCGUCCUACCUGGAGCCUCUGGAUGGACCGGAGGAGGCCGAGGACGCCGAGCCCGACUACGAAGGUGAGCUGCAUGCCACCGUCCAAGCCUACAAGGCUGAGCAGGAGGACGAGAUUUCUCUGGAGGUCGGUGAAACCGUGGAGGUCAUUCACAAGCUGCUGGACGGCUGGUGGGUCGUCAGGAAAGGGGAGGAGACGGGUCAUUUCCCCUCCAUGUUCCUGCAGAAGGCUGGCAAAAAGGAGAAAUAUGACACUGAGAGGAUGAACCUGAGGGGACAGAAGCCACCACCUCGCAGGUCCACCAUCAGAAACGCCAAGAGCAUCCACAGCAAGGCUCGCCAGCGGCUCAGCCAGGACACCUACCGCCGGAAUAGCCGCCGAUACCUGCAGCACAAAGCCGGACGCCUCGCCGAGCCACUCAGGAACUCCAAGAACUCUGCGAAGUCGCCGCUGAGGGAGAGGAAGAACCAAAAUAACAUCCCCGAGCAGUCCAGCUCCAGCUCUGAGGGCGAGCUGAAGAAGGAGGCUCCGGUCGUCCCUCCACGGCCGAGUCCGGAGCUCAUCCUGGAGCGCUGCACCGACAAAACCCGCAAGAAAGUCAGCAUCCACAAGUCAAGCACCAACUCCACCAGCUCUGCCAGCUAGCAGCUUCACAUCACCGUCAGACAGCCUUUUUAGGAGUUUAUUUCCAAGCAGGAAGGCAGCUCAGCGAUAAAAUGUAGUGAUGUUUAGAGCAUAUUAUUCUCCUGUUUCUAAACAAAAUCCCCUCAAAAAUGAAAUACUGCACAUCAUAUUGACAUAUUGGAAUGAGAGAUGAGAUGAGAUAAAAUAAGAUGAAAUUAGAUUUUUUUUAAAGAUGAGAUGAGAUAAAACAAGAUGAGAUAAGAUGAGAUUUAAAAACAAGAUAAGAUGAGAUCAGCUGAGACAUUACAAAAGAUGAGAAAAAAUAAGAUGAAAUGAGAUCAUAGGAGCUAACAUUACAUAAAAUGAGAACGGAAGAGGAGAUGAGAUUAAAAAUAAAUUAUAUGAUAAGAUAAAGUGAGAUAAGAUAAAAUAUGAUGAGAGGACAAAACGUUACAUAGUAUGAUAUAAAAUACAUUUGAUGAGAUGAGAAAAGAAAGCUUAAGAAGAAAUGAGAUUAAGAAUAGAUGAGAUGAGACAAGACAACUUGAGAUGAAAAAAUAAAAUAAGAUGAGCCAAGGUGAUAUGGGAGGAAAUGAGAUUGCAUGAAAUAAGAUGAGAUGAAAGAUGAUGAAAUGAGAUAAAAUAGAUUAGAUAAGCUAAAAUGAGACAAGAUGAGAUAAGCAGAGACGAGAUAAGAUGAAUUAAGAUAAAAUACGAUGAAAUGAGAUCAAAUAAGAUGAGAUGCAACAAGCUGAAACAAGAUGAGACAAGAUGAAACGAGAUAAAAAGAUGAGAUAAUACAAGGUGAGAUAAGAUGAGACAAAAUACGAUGACAUGAGAUAAAACAAGAUGAAAUAAGGUAAAAUUAGAUCAAAUAAGAUAAGAUGAGAUCAAAUGAGAUGAGAUAAACCUCACAUAAAACCGGCAUCAAACAGCCUUUUAGGAGCUUUUCUCCAGGCAGGAAUGUUUAGGAUGUUUCGGGCAUAAUAUUCUCCUGUUUCUACACAAAACCCCUCAAAAAUAUCUAAUUUCAAACAGCUGCUCGCUGGAAUUUUCAAUCAAACACACAAGAACAAAUUGUUUUGUGUUGGGGACUUUUUUUUAGCAGCAGACUGAUCCACAUUAGAAGCUGUAGUGAGUGUUUCUGAUGGCAGAAUAGUGCAGCAAAACAACAAAAUGCUUACUCUGAUGCCAUCUGGUGGUUGUAUCAAGAAAAUACACAACAUCUGUUUAUCCUCCCUGAACACUGCUGAUGUUUGGAAUCACAGAUUAACACCACCAAAGUGCCUACAAAGAGCAAAAAAAUUUGCUCUUUUACUCGUUAGUGGAGAGUUCAGAUGAGCUUAGCUUAGCAUAAAGUCGGGAAAUCAGGGGAAACAGUUAAGCUGGCUUGGUACGAAGAUGAUAAAAUCCACCUUUCACCACUUCAACAUCUCACUGUUUAGAGGGCAGUCUUUAUGCUAAGCUAAGCUAAGCUAAGCUAAGCCUAUUUCAGUGUAUAAGCAUAUUUCCUAAAAUAUUAAGCCAUUCAUUUAAGCCUUGGUGUGUCUUUUUAAGCACGCAAUCUGUAGAAGUUAGAUGUUUUAUAUUUAUUUGCUUAAUAAAUUUAUAUAACAAAGA